GGGCUUCCUGUACAGGUCGAUCUGGUGAUAGCUGCAGAGAUUCCCAAGCAACAGGAACAAUGAAGUUUACCUUGAUUGCCAUCCUUGUUCUCUCGCUUUACGUUGUUAAUACCAUGGCUGCGACAACAACAACAGCUGCAGCAACAACAACGGCCGCUGCAACGACAGCCGCUGGGGGGACGACCGUUGCUGCGACGGGGACGGGUUCUACAGUUGCUACGACCACCGCCGGAAACACUGGCGCCACCAACGUCUUCACUCCCAUGAUGUACGUCGUCGCCGUCUACAGCGGGAGGCUGGCACUGAGCCUGGUCCUGUAGAUCUCUAUGAUAAAGUGGAUACAGACAUGGACUUCAAAUGUACGAGUUAUCUUAGCUUCAAAUGAACACUCGGCAGCUCUCGGAUCUUUCCGUGAUCAUCGUGUCGUGCCUUGGAAUUAUCCGAAAUGACGAACAGUCAAAACAUCACAACGCAUGGCGGAAAACCCAGUUUCGAAAUGUUGAAUAUUGACAUUUUGAGUAAUUUCAAAAUAUGUGCCAUUUUAUUAAGAGAAAUACCCAAAAUUAUAAAUUCAUUUUUACAUAUCAGUCAACAGACGUAUACGACCAUCACUCAAGUUUCCAUGUUUCCUUGAUAACACCGUUCAGUGUAUCAGCUGGCAAACCACAAUUUCUU